AUGUCGGUUCCUAAUACCGAUCACACUACUAACACCGCCGUCAAUGGCGACACCGACCACAUCACCAAAAACAUGACCCACGAGGAGCAUCAGGCCGCCAAGUCAGCCGCCAAGUUUGGCUACGGCCCUCUGGCACAUACUCACACCAGCUCUGGCGAAAGCCGUCUUCCAGCCUUUGGUGGUGAAUUCCAGCCGGGAACGUACAAGCAGGUCAAGGAUCGCAAGAUCGCCAAUCCUGCUCCUCUGGGUCUCUGUGCCUUCGCCCUGACAACCUUCGUCCUCGGAUUGAUCAACAUGAACGCCCGCGGCUUGAUGAUGCCAAACUUAGUCGUUGGCAUUGCGUACGGCUAUGGUGGCUUGGUGCAACUGUUGGCAGGCAUGUGGGAAAUGGCCGUUGGCAACACCUUCGGUGCUACCGCCCUCUCCUCAUACGGCGGUUUCUGGCUCUCGUUCGCCAUCAUCCUGACCCCAGGCGGAUUCGAGAUCGAAGAGACCUUACUCGGCGCUGGCACACCACCCGCGCACGCAUGGCAAUUCUAUGAUUCAUUUGGCUUAUACCUCAUAGGCUGGUUCAUCUUCACAACCCUCCUAGUCGUCUGCACGCUGAAAUCCACCGUUGCGUUCUUCCUCCUCUUCUUUUCGCUCGAUCUCGCCUUCAUGCUGCUCGGCAUCGGGUACCUGCAUCGCGACACCAUGGGCGCCCCGAACCCGCCUAUCAUCAAGGCUGGCGGUUUCUUUGCCCUCAUGGCCGCAUUCAUGGCAUGGUAUAAUGCUUUGGCUGGUAUUGCGGAUGAUUCGAAUAGGUGA